AUGGCUGAAAUGCAACCGGCCUUUCUCUGCACCUUCUGUCUAGGGAAGUACCACUGCCCAGUGCUGUUCACUGUGUUCACUGACAACACCCAUAUUGUGGCUGUUAGGACAACUGGCAAUGUCUAUGCCUAUGAGGCAGUGGAACAGCUGAACAUCAAGGCCAAGAAUUUCCGGGACCUGCUGACUGAUGAGCCCUUCUCCCGCCAGGAUAUCAUCACCCUCCAGGAUCCCACCAACCUGGACAAAUUUAAUGUCUCCAACUUCUUCCAUGUUAAGAAUAACAUGAAAGUAACGGACCCAGUCUGCACUCCAGAAGGUGUCAUCUUUGACUUGCCGAAUAUUUUUCCAUGGCUUACGAAGUAUGGGAUCAACCCCAGCAAUGGAGAGGCCCACUAUUCCACAGGGAAGGUCAGCGCCUCCUUUACCUCCACUGCCAUGGUGCCGGAGACAACUCAUGAAGCAGCUGCCAUCGAUGAAGAUGUGCUGCGUUACCAGUUUGUGAAGAAGAAAGGCUAUGUACGACUGCAUACCAAUAAGGGAGAUCUCAACUUGGAGCUGCACUGUGACCUGACACCAAAAACCUGUGAAAACUUCAUCAAACUCUGCAGGAAGCACUAUUACCAUGGCACCAUCUUUCACAGGUCCAUCAGGAACUUUGUGAUCCAGGGUGGUGACCCCACAGGCACUGGCACAGGGGGGCAAUCGUACUGGGGCAAGCCCUUCAAAGAUGAGUUCCGGCCCAACCUCUCUCACACAGGCCGUGGCAUCCUCAGUAUGGCCAACUCCGGGCCCAACACCAACAAGUCUCAGUUCUUUAUCACAUUCCGCUCCUGUGCUUACCUGGAUAAGAAGCAUACCAUCUUUGGACGGGUUGUUGGGGGCUUUGAUACGCUGACAGUCAUGGAGAAUAUAGAAAGUGACCCCAAAACUGACCGCCCUAAGGAGGAGAUCCGCAUCCACACCACCACGGUGUUCGUGGACCCAUAUGAGGAGGCAGAUGCCCAGAUUGCCCAGGAGCGGAAGAAGACACAGCUUGAAGAGGCCCCAGAGACUAAGGUCAAGACCAGCCAGCCCCAGUCUGGUAGCCAAGGCCCCCAGACUUACCGUCAGGGGGUGGGCAAGUACAUCAACCCAGCAGCCACGAAACGAGCAGCAGAAGAAGAGCCAUCAACCAGCUCAGCCUCUGUGACCAAGAAAAGGCCCAGCCGGGGUUUUGGAGACUUUAGCUCCUGGUAGCAGUGGGCUGCCACCCUGGAUCUGGGUAGGGAUGCAGGGAUGGCAGGUUAUGUCCACACCACUGUGUUCUCUGCCCUUGUAAGCUGCCUAACAGGCUCGGAUUCAAUAAAACCAUUGCCUGUUGCCCCAUUCCUGGCCCCUGGGAGGAAUCUGGCUCCUUUCUAAGGUUUGAACUGAUCCUUUUGGGUCUGACUUUCCACCUUGCCUGGAGUGCUGCUAUCUGUAGGCAGGCCAGGAUUAUUGACAAGUCGAAUCCCUACCAGGUUUUCCUGUCCUCUCUGUCAUCUUAAGGAUGACCCAUGUGCUUAGUAAGCAUGGUCACCUGACCAGUGCUUAGAAAUAUAAAUUCUCACCAACUGGGUGUUGAGGUACAUGUUUGUAAUCCAAACACUUGACAGGUUGAAAGCAGAGAUGGAGAACUGAACUAUAUGGCAAGACCAUGUCUCAACAAAACAUCAGGCUCUAGAGCUGACCCUUAUGCAGAGCUUAACUCCCCAGUGGAGUUUAUAAGCUGGUGGAUUUUACAAACCAUUUCUAGCUACUGUCUAUUGCUUGGGUUGGGCUUACCCACCCUGCUAGCUGCUCACCUGCUCUGCUGUCAGCCAUGACUGCUUGAGGCUAAUGUGUGUGAGGACAGCAGGGAGUCUUCCAGCUGAGGAAGGGGCCUCCCGAUGCUCCGAGCCCAGCCUAUCAUCGUCUUCUCUGGCUUGCACACCACAGCGCCAGCUUCUUCUCUUGGCCCUGUGAAAUAUGUCCAAAUCCCUCACCUGCUUCUUACUGCUUGUUGUUCAGCCUCAGUCCCCCGAUCUCAGGACCUGCUAUUUCAUCCUCCAAGAGCUUCUUCAGAAGUGUGGAGACAGUGUCAUAGCAGUGUUCUGUCAUUGCCUGGGCUCCCUGUUGACUUUGCAUUACCACUUCUUUCCAGUCCAUCAAAUUCUAACUUAAGCUUGAUUCUUGGUUUUCUCUUUCUUCAAGUUCUUGAAUUUUCAAAGACUUCAAAGCUCUUAAUUCUAGAACGUACUUUGGCCUAUGCUUUUUUCAUCUUUGAAGCAAAGUCCUUUGUCUUUUGGGUGGCAGGUAGGGAAUGCCUCCCCCCACUGGCCUCCGCCCACUCUGCCCUUGCUCACUUCCACAUGGCUGGUGGGUGAGCUUGAGGCACGUUUGUCCUGUCAUGCUUGUCACUGGCCGAGAACAGGUCUUUACCCCUUGCCUGCAGCCACCUGGCUCCACAGUGACCUCCUAGCCCACCUUCCCAGUUUUCCACCUGCUCUGACUCCAGGCCACCUGCCACCUCACACAGCAGAGAGAGGCCUCAGCAGGAUGCUCACUACCUAGUGACCAUGUACCUGUUGGCCUCUGAUGCAACACUAGGGUGCUCAGAGGUGGGGCCCUCCUGGGUUUAGCGUUGUUAGUUCAUCGGUGAGGACCUAGGGACUGGCUCUUCAGGACAGAGGCAGCAAUUGUCCUAAUUGUAUUCCUGCACUUUUUUUUGUUUUUCCUGGCCACACUUAAAAGUUCCCAGCCAGGUACUGAUGGAAAAGCAGGACCCCAGCAGCCCUGGAUCCCUCAUAGUUGCUUUGAGACUCUGUGAGCCCUGUGCUCUCACUGGGCACUCUGGAAACGAGGCUCCUGAACAAUGAUCACUAUAGAAAGCCAAGAGUCAGAAGCUUUAUUUGGACAUCAGAAGCUUUAUUUUUAAGCCUCACACAGACAAUAGGACCAAAAGGGUGGCCAGGGGAUGUAGGAGGCUGAAGGUGAUGCAUGUGCUUGAAGCCUGGUGGUUCUGCUCCUCAUGGUCAACUUCCAGCUGCCUGCAGGCUGCUGCCCAUCUGCCUCCUGCCCCUCUAGCCUUAGCCAGCAGCCUGCACCUGCCCCAGGGGAAGGCCACAUCCUCCACUGUGCUUACCCUCCAGAGCAAGGACAGGGCACACAAGGGGUCUUAGACCGAUGAGGGUUUACAUUUCUGUAGUUCUUUUUAGAGCUUAAAAUGUAACUUUGUAAGUAUUCAAACCACUUGCAUUUUGUAACUGCCUGAUGAAGUCAUCAGGUAAAAUAAAAGACCUUUUGGGGAAACAAAAACAAUCUCAUUUCUCAUCUUUUUAAGUAUAUGACAGAUGCCAUCAAGAAUAAGUAUGAGGUAUAAAAAUAUAUAUACAAACAAAAUGGCAAUAAAACUAAAACACUUUCUAAAGCAAAAUUGCCAAAGGUACUACAAAUUUAUGAUACUGGCAUUGCCUGCCACUGUUCUCAAGGAAAAUUUUUAAAUAAAUAAAAGUCCCGGCAUGACAUUUAUUGUUUAGGAACUUUAAGAGGGUGGAACAUUCCAGCACUUUACCAGCAUAUCUGGUUAUGGUCUUAGAUCACUUCCCCUGAAGCCAGCUCACGGUCAGUUCAUUUGGUUUAAAAAGGAGCUUGUAUUUUGCAGACGACAGCAACAUUUGAUAUAAGUUUUGUUGGAAUUCAUUACCAAGAAAAAUACAAGUCAUAAAAGUACUAGUAAAAUUUUUCCAAGCAGUGCCAUCACAAGACAAUACAAAAACCAAAGUGCUCAAGUUGAAGGGGCAGUAAGCUUGCCCAGAACAUAGAAAAGCUUUAAAUAGAACCUUCGUAUAUACAAAAAUGUGUCUGAAGAAUUCUAAAAAAAUUAUCUUCCAAUUUAAAUGGAACAUCUGUGGAGUCAUGUUCAGACUGCCCUCGGCACCAGCAGGCUGGGACACUCAAGUUUCCCUUGGUCCUCGGAGGCUGUUUUUGCAAGAGAUGUGGC